AUGCAAAAACCAUCAGAAACGACUCAAUUGAAAUAUUUUCUUUCGUUGACCAAAACAAAUCCUACUGAAGUCAAGUUUUACUUGGACAAAGAAGGUCAUGCAUUAGCUUCAAAAUCUCAGAUAGGCAUUCUCUCUCGAUCCGUUUUCGUUAUCAUUUCGAUCAACGACAAAGUCAAAAAGAAAGAAAAAAAUCAUUUUGCUGCUGUUCACAAAAAAAAUUCUCCCAUAACUUUAUUUCACUUGAUGCAAUUAGCUUUAGAUAAAAUGUCGAAAAAAACUGAAAACUUUUCUAAAUUAUGUUGA